GACGUUUCAGGGAUCGAGGAGAACAGGAACAACGAGAUGAUGCGCGGUUCUGGAGGAGAGAGCCGCGAAAAGCUGCACCCGAGGAUCUUGAGAAGCAGAAAGACUGAAGGAGGAAGAGAAACCAGGGCAAGUGAGGAGAAAAAAAGGAAAGAAACUCGAAAAGAGGCGGACGCCUGAAACUCUCUCGAGGCGACAGACCGGCGCAGGAACGCCCAAGACGACGAGACACAGCGCGGCGCUGUGCGAUCCCGAUAGAACGAGGAACCUUGAUUAGUUUUGAGUCCUCUUACUUUCUGCAAUACAUGGACGAAACGAACAUGAAACGGCUCGUUUUCUGUCAGCAAAAAAAAGAAUUUGCGGAGGGGACCGCCACUCCGAGCCUGACGGUGCUGCAGCGCCGGUGGACCUACACCUCGCCGGUUCUGCAGUUGCACAGCUGGGUGAGACUGAUUUCUGCGGCGGUUCUCGGACAUUGAGAGAGACGGUUUUCGAUCUAAGGCGGAAGCAGAAAGCAUGGACUGACAGGCUGAGGCGAGAAUGGGGCGGCCGUUUCUCCUUCCUGCAUGCGUAUAGAUACAUACACACAGGCCGGAGCUGGUUGAGGGCGCCGGUUUUUGGGAUCGGUGUGUGUCGAACGCGACGCGUCCUUCACAUUUUCUUCGCCGGAGAUCUGUCGACGUGGAGGCUUUGGACUUUGCGGAAGUCCUCUGCCCGCGAGAGAAAAAACGUCGAGUUUCAAGCGAGACACACACACACAUAUAUGUACAGCUGCGCUCCGCCGCUCUCCGCAGCGCAGUCAACCGGCAGUUGGCUGGCGGUUCAGAUUCGCUGCGUUUUUGUCCCUUUUCCAUGAAAACGGACGCCUCGACGGGAAAAUGCGUUUUCUACGACACAGUUCAGCUCGCCUGUGCGCGCCUCUCCCGCCUGGCUCGCUUCACUGCGAACGUCCGAGCCUGGCUGCACCGGAGGAACCGGAAGCAAAAGUGACUGCGAGACCCUCGGGAGGCGGUGUGCGUCCAGACAGCGCGGCCGCCUGCGGUUUUUGCGCUCGUCCGGUUUCUCGCGUUUUCGUAUGUCGACUACAGCGCUUUUUCGCAGCAAUCUUGGAGCGGGUUCUCUGUUCUCGUCGGCCAACGCGUAGUCAGGCGGUCAGAUAAAGCACCGAAACUGCACUUUGGGGGGUACUUCUCGCGCGAGCAGCAGAGUUUCCAGCUCCGCUCCGCGGGUGUCGUCGCUUGAGCCGCCGCCUCUCUCUCAUCCCUCCCCCGCGGCGUUUUCUGCGUCUUCUUUCGAGCCUUUCCGCAGGAGGGAACCAGAGAGGACGUUCUCCGCGUUUCCUGCUGCAGGGCAGGUUCCGACGCUUCUCGGAAUUGCUUGCUGCGCGCUUCGAACGUUCGAGGUGGAAGGUUCGCCUCUUCGUUUUCCAGAGUUUCCGACCUGCUGAGAACGGACUGUUCGCCGGCCUCCAGCAGCGAGCAGCACCUGGGAGAGAAGGGAGGCUUUUCUCUGCGGCGCGAUGGGUCUUGCCGUUCCCCUCCCUCGCUUUCCUCGCUUUUCGAAGGAUUGAGAACUGACCUCACUCUCCGACUAUUUCUUGUUUUUCUCCUGUCGCUCGGCAGCCACAGCACCCCGUUUGAAUCGAAGAAACAUGUCCAAAGUCUCCUCCCGCGGCUUCGCUUCUCGUGUGUCUGCCGACUUGUCGCUGGAGAGGACCUCAGGGGCGCGCAUGCUUCGCUCUUUCUCCUCGGCUGUCUCUGCGUUUCUUUCUAUUUCUCUGCGUUUCUUUCCGUUUCUCUGCUUUUUCUCCCGUUCAUGUCCUCCCAUUCGCGUUCUGCUCCGUUUUUCCGCCUUCCAUUCCUUCUUGCGUCCAGUUGCUUUCCUCCACUCCUUCCCACUCUCUCUCGGCUCGGUGCGGCUGGCCGGGGCGUUUCCGGAAAGUCGACAAAGCAGUCUUUUUGUCUGGGGAAGUUCCAGACGGAUCGGUUGACACGAGAAGAAGCGUUGGGGAAUGGUCAGCGCCGACGCGCUGUUCUGCGAGAGAAAAGUCCCGCGCUUCUCCCGAGAAAAGCGGCCUUCCUUCCUGUUCCAAGCCUUCAAAAAGCACCCUCUCCUCCGUCGUCUGUACACCCCAGCCGCUGGAGACGAUCACGACCUCGCAGCUGCAUCGUCCUGGAGAAGCGACAGACUUGUCCUUUGUAAGGAAGAACGAACGCGCGAAUUCUUGUCAGAAGCUGCACUGUUUCCGGCUCUUCGUCUCUCCGAUUCGCGCUCCUCUCAAGUUUUUCUCGGCUUCUCUCCAGUUCUCAUGUUCAACAUCUUCCCGCAGUCUUGCUCGCUUGCUCUCGCUUUCUCACGCUCCUCCGUAGGUCUGGUCGCCGGCAGUUCUCUGUGUCCGCCGUUCGUUUGGGUCUUCCCUCGCUGCUUCGCUGCUCUUCCUCUCCCGACGAGCUGCAGAAACGACGACGCCGACAAUGGACGCAAACGCAUCCGUCGAGCGACUCGCGCUCUCAGGGCCAGCCGAAACUGGAGGCGAAGGCCAUGCAUGUCCGCUCGCCCAGGGCAUCGCGCCAGAAGCUCCGAGUGUCUAUACACCCGCGUCUGGGGACUCAAGUCGCGGAGCGCCGCAGCUGGCUGAGGAAGAAGAUCCAUUGAAGCCCAGAGGAAAUGAAGAAGAAGGAGAAAAAAAAGAGCUGAACGAGAAGGAAAAAGAGAAAGAAAGUGGGGAGAAGGAAGAAAAAACGACAACCGGGUCGCCGCCAGAGGUCGAAUGGAGAUGCCCUAUUUGCCUCGUCGUCAACGCCCCCACAGACUUGACUUGUCCUUGCUGCGAAGGACCGAAACCAGGCACCCUACCGACUUCCUCUCCGGCGUCGAGUCGUCCGUCGAACAGCGCGUCUCCCUUCGCUCCGACAGCAGGCUCCGGCUUCCACCUUGUCUCCGCCGUCUCUUCUUCUUCUCCUCUGUCUUCCGCGUCGCUGUCUUCUUCUGCUGGUUUCUUCUUUGGAGGGACUUCGGGGAGGAAGAGCGAAGGCUUCCGUCCGGACCUGGCGACGCCGGCGCCUGCAGCUCUUCAGGUCAGCGUCUUUCAGGCGUUUUCCUCUGUACGAAGCAGCGCGUCGGCUCCGAGCACAGUGCCCGCGGAGGCGCUGGAGCGAGGAAGAGGCAACGGAGAGUCCGGAGAAGGCGCGCAGGAGGCAGAGAGGCAGAAGCGCCCGGCAGGCUUCGUCCCCGUCUUCGCGGCGUCUGCGCAGACAGGAGAGAGCGAGCACGAACUGAAGAAGGCAGCAGAGAAGGAAGAAAAGGAGACGGAGAAGACCUGUCGAGAAGAGAAGGCAGCGGAAGAGACGAAGCAGCGAGAAGAAGAGAAGGCAGCGGAAGAGACGAAGCAGCGAGAAGAAGAGAAGGAAGCGGAAGAGGCGAAGCAGCGAGAAGAAGAGAAGGAGGAGAAAAAGAGACUAGAGGUGAAACUGGAGAGACCGGCGCGCGACGAGACGCGAAUUCCAACCGCGAUGAUCUUCAUGUUCGGCUCGGGAGAGAUGGAUCAGAUGCCUUUCUGGCGCAGCGCAGAAGAAGACGAAGACCGCGAGGUCCUGGAACCACGGAAAGUCAAAGAGUUUGAGGAGAAAGAUGUCAUUCGAGCAACCAGCGGCGCCAUGCACUCGGCUGUCUUGACAGCUGACGGCCGCUGUUGGACGUUCGGCUGUGGCGACGGCGGAGCUCUGGGCAGAGGCGACGAUCUCGGGGACGCUGCCCUCUCUCCAGCCACCGUUUCCAUCGACGAUGUCACUGCAGUUGCUUGCGGCGACUCUCACACGGCCUUCCUUACUCGCGAGGGGGAACUGUAUCUUGCUGGAACUUAUCGAGAUGCAUACGGCGCACUGGGGUUCCCUGACUUCGACGCAGGGGCAGGAGUCGCGCCGACUUUCAUUUCUCACCGUGCGUUGCCUGCGCUUGUUUUCUCCGGCCUGAAUCGACCUUCCAUUUCUCAAGUGGCCUGUGGAGAGAACCACACGGCGGCGCUGGAAGUCGGAGGCGCUUCGUUCUACGUCUGGGGAAGCAACGAGUUCGGACAACUCGGCGUCUCUUCCUCUUCUUCGACUGCUUCAGCUGCACAGGCGCGCGACGAAGCGCUCGUCUCUCCGCAGGGAGGCGAGUGUGCUCUCGCGGACAAGCUCGGAUUUCUUCUUCCUCAAAGAAGAACCGUCGGCGAACUGGCGCCUUCGGUCCGCAACCUCUCCAUCAGACGCAUCUUCUGCGGACGAUGCACUACGUUCCUCUCUCUCUCUUCUUCCUUCGCUUCCCCUGCUCUCUCUUCUUCUGCCACUGCCCGGUUUGGGGAGCGGGACGCGAGCAAUGGAGAAGCGACGCAAAACGUCGAACAGGCGCUCGUCGGAUGCGGGAGAAACAGACAAGGCGAGGUCGGCUGUGGAGCAGCGGCGGGCGCGGUCGUCGAUAAAUUCGAGGAAAUCCGCUCGCUGAGAAAUGUAGACCUGAACUUCGUCGGCGGAGGACAGUUCUUCUCGGUCGCGCUCCGAACAGACGGCUGUCUGUACACCUGGGGACAAAGCGACUUCACAGGCCAUGGAUGUUCGGAGAGCUACGGCGUCGUCGAGGAGCCGCGAGUUCUGGAGAAACUGGCAGGCCAAGUGCACUGGGUGCAGUGCGGAAGCGACCACUGCCUAGCUGCGACCGACGCGGGGCGUCUGUACACCUGGGGUGCCGGCCAGAACUUUCAGCUGGGAAACGGGGAAGACGUCGACAUUCGGCGUACGCCGUUCCUGGUCGAUCCGCAGCUCUUCGACUCGAAAUUCGUCUUGCAGGCUCACGGGGGUUCGCAGCACAGCAUGGUGUUGUGCUGGUCGGGACGCUACGCGCCGAAGGAUGCGGAGGCUAAGACAGACCUUGCAAAGGCCGCGCUCAGAAAGAGACAGCGACCAGACACAGACGAAGAGGAAGACGAAGCCGAGAGAGAAUCCAAGAGAAGACGUCCUUCCGCUCUGGAGACCGGCGCGGAGGCAACAACAGGGGCGUCGCACGCAGAGGUUGGCCUGGGCGACGAGGACGGAGAGAGAGCAGAGCAGCAAGAAGGAGCGAAGGAAGACGAAGAGAAAGAAGCGGGCAAGGCAGGGAAAGUCGAAGAGAAGCACGACGCGGUUCAGGGAGGCGCGAAGCGUCCACGGUCUGCAGGGUCGCCUGCGCACCGCGCGGCUUCGCAUGCACCAGGAACGAAGAAAGAUGAGAAAGAGAGCGGAAAGGCAGUGUCGGAAGAGGCGGCAGGCGCGCCGUCUGGUUGUGACUCGGACGUAGAAGACGUAACUGUCGAUUUGCAGGGAAGCGAGGAAGCUGCGAAAAAGAGGAAGCCUUCCUCUCGCGGUCGGGGGCGUGUGCCGCGGAGACACUCUGCGGCUCCAGUUGAGAAGAAGGAGACAGCUUCAGGAAGAGUCUCGCGCGCGAAAGCCGCUCAAGGACGAGAGAAGAAGUCCGGAGCGUCGGAAAAGAUCGAGAAGGAGGCACAGAAACGUGGAAGCAGUGGAACAGCCAAGAGAGCAGAGUCGAAGCAGACAAGCAAGAGACCCAGCUCGGCAGCGUCGCAGCAAGAGAAGCCUCAGACAGUCCCCCGCGGCAAGAGAGAGACGUCACGCCCACCCUCGAGGGUCGGCGAGAAGAAGCAGAGAGAGACCGAGAAGCCAGCAGCGAGGAAGGGAGAGCGAAAAGCAGUAAAGAAGACAGAGAGCAAAGCAGAGAAGAAGGCGGAGAAGGCGACGGGGAAGAAAGGAGCGACGAAGAACGCUCGAGGAGGAGCUCCGAAGAAGAGUGCGAGCGCAGGAGUGACUGUGAAGAAGACGAUUCAGAAAAAAACAGGAAGAAAAGCAACGACGCCGACAUCAAAGAGAGCAGCAGGAAAGGCUGCAGCCAAGCGGCGCCCAAACAGUCGAUAAAUACGCGCGAGAAUCACAUAGAAAGAAAAACCUUGGAGCGGUUCAAGACGGCUGAACGUGAGGGUCUUUGCUUUGUUCACGACGUUCACCGUAUUUAUUCCGCUGUUGUCCCCGUAACACCGCCAAGAGAAAACGAUCCGUCAACAAAGAUGCCCAGAAGGGGUCGCAGUCAUGUCCUCCGUAGGAAGACGGCAUGGAGAAAGAACGUCCGGUGCAUGCAGAGAGGACAGCGACGCCCGGAAACACACAGGCAAAGAAUUUUUCUUCGAAAAACGAAGGAGCGCGAGAGAGUCGCCUGUAUGCAAAAAGAGUUCGCCGCGAAGCUCGCCGAGUGCAAGAAAACUCUCUAAUUUUCAUGGAUUUCGAAAAGCGAGAUGUUGCGGGGCUGUGUGUCGGGUGCGAGGGUACCGGAGAAAAGUCAUUUCUUCGAGAUAACAGGCUUCUCGAGGCAGAGAGAAAGCGCUGAGGACAGAUUCAUCCCGGAGACAACGAGGAUGCGGAAGGCCUCUGGCUUCGUUUCUUGUGCGAAAUCUCUUGUGAUGUGACCCACGUAUCUCCAUGUCUUCGCUUUAUAACAAACAUACGCGCAUGCAAACGCUUUCCUCUCUGCUCCAAAAGUGGAGAGUCUGGCCAAUGUGCACCUCGUUCGAAAACGGAGCACCAUUCCUUGAAAACGC